AUAGCUUUGGUUGGUUCAACCGGCAUUGCGCUACUUCACAUCCACUAAACAAAAAGCAAAGGGAACCUCUGCACCCCGUGCCAUGGCAGGAGAGGGGAUCACUAUUACCCACUGGAUAUCAAGUCCUGCGCGUUACCAGGAACACUUCAAAGCCAGGAAUCUCUCUGAAUGCACUGAAGAUCAUAAACUGUUUGCCCUGCCAGGACCUGAAUGCCUGCCGGUUAAAAUGGACACCGAGGGGGCUCAAGCAGACAGUGAGGACGAGGAUUCAGGAGAGCCAUUAUUUCAAGUCCUGCUGGACGUGACUCAGUUUAAACCAGAAGACAUACUCAUACAGGUCUUUGAGGGGUGGCUGCUGAUCAGAGGUCGGCACGGGGUGAGGAUGGAAGAGCAUGGGUUUGUGUCGCGGAGUUUCACCAGACAGUAUCCGCUACCUGACCGUCACCUCCAAGCAGGGGACCUCAAAGCCAUGCUGUGUCAUGAUGGGAUACUAGUGGUGGAGACCAAGGACCGAUGGUGGCCGGCGUGUGAUUAGGAAAACACAAUGACUUAACACCACUUAUCAUGACAUGAACAAACAUGGGCUGUAUUAGUUUUAUGUUUUUGUUGUGAUCAGUAAGCCGGCAAAGCAAUCACAUUCUUUGCUGUUGUAUGACAGUUUCACUUUUUUUUUUUGCAUGUUCCCAGAUGUUUAAUAUUCAGCUUGACUGCCUGCCUAAUGCCUAAUCUGUUUAAAUGUGUACAUAUAGAAGCUAAAGCAAAAUCGCCAUCAAGUACAUAACAGUUCCCUUGCAAGAAUGUGAUUAUGCUUUCUGAUGACAUCUCAAUAUGUCAUUCUGCAAGCACGUUUGUCAGCAUGCCAAUACCAUAACACAACAGUACUGUAUUAAGAAUUUUUUUGACAAACCUGUUUAGUACACAAAGUAUUCACCAGCGGGCAUGAUCUCAUAAUACUGUUUAAAAAAGUAACUUAUAUGUAUUCUUCAAUUAAAUAAGAUAUAAUGUUUUAUGUCUGUGUCAUACAUUUUAAUCGCACAGAUAAAAAUAAAGCGUCUUAAAAGUCGAUAAUGAAAGAGUUUCAUAAGAGAUUCACCUACAGCGAUAUCAUAAUCGUGAACUAUUUGUCUUUUGAAUCGGAUCUUUCAGUGAAUCGGAAUCGAACAGUUCACCAAUCGCUCUAAACGAAUCUGACUGAAUCGACAACCAGAAUCUAUUUUGGCUAUGACCAAUUUGCGAUUGAGUCGACAUAGACAGAACAUCUAAGGCUAAGGUUGGAAACAAAUAGUAUUUCCGUUGUUAUUAGUUUUGGACAGGAACAGUAUUUUACGCUACGAAAUAAAAUUGUUGUUUUGUUUAAAAGAUACGGAACGCUGUGCUAAAACGAGUCGCGCUUAAAUCAAACACAAGUGUUACCU